CUGAAUUUCACUGUUCCAAGUCAGCGUGGCUCCGACCCAAACAAAACCUAAAAUUGACAGAUCGCAAACCACUUUGGAUCUGUUUUGUGUCAGCAUGGUAUGAGCAGCCCAACAUGUAUAAGAAAGGUCCAUCAAAAUAACUUUUCCUCCUUCGAUUUCACUCGACUUUCAAUGGACCUUCUUGGUUCGUUGAGCAUCUUUGCCUGUGUUCUUCUUCACAUCCUCCAGCCUUCCAUUGCAGCUGAUUAUCUUCGUGAGUCGCAGUUCAUCAAGGACGAUGGAACCACGUUGGUUUCAAAAGGUGGAACCUUUGAACUCGGUUUCUUCACUCCUGGUACUUCCAACAAACGCUACCUUGGUAUUUGGUACAAGAAUAUCCCGGUUCAAACCGUUGUUUGGGUUGCAAACCGCAUCAACCCAAUCAACGAUUCCACUGUUACCUUAACUAUGGCCACUUCCGGCAAUCUUGUCCUGUCCCAGAACAGCACUAUUCUUUGGUCAACAAAUUCCAUGGCUCAGGCACAGAGUCCCACCGCCCGGCUCUUGGAUUCUGGAAAUCUUGUGGUGAUCGAUGAGAAUGCAGGAAACCCAGAAGCUUACUUAUGGCAAAGCUUUGAUCAUCCGUCUGAUACGUUAUUGCCAGGUAUGAAAUAUGGAUGGGACUUAAGAAAUGGUUGGGAAUGGUCUUUAACAGCUUGGAGGAGCCCAGAUGAUCCAUCUCCUGGAGAUUUUACCAGCAUUGUAAUGCUUCAAAGCUACCCCGAUUCGUAUAUAAUGAAGGGAACCAACAAAUUUUACCGAUUUGGACCGUGGAAUGGCUUGCAAGGGAGUGGUUCUCCCGAAGUGAAGACCAACCCUGUUUUCGAAUACACCUUUGUUGACGAUGGGGACGAGUACUACUACAUGUUCAACCUCAAAAAUAGUUCUGUAUUAACAAGACUGGUAUUGAACCAAACAGAUUCUGCUCGCUAUCGUUAUGUAUGGCUGGAAAAUGAGAAAAAAUGGACUAUUUACUCGAAAAAGCCAGUAGACUUCUGCGACACCUAUGGCCUCUGUGGAGCAAAUGGGAACUGCAAAAUUACUGAAUCACCAGUUUGCCACUGUUUAAAAGGGUUCAAGCCUAAGUCACCACAGCAUUGGAAUUCAGCGGACUGGUCUGGUGGGUGUGUGCGAAAUAAACCUCUGAACUGCUCUGAAAAACACAAACAUGGGUUCGUUAAAUUCACGGGCUUGAAGGCACCCGACACGACGCAAACUUGGCUGGAUGUGACAAUGAAUCUAGAGCAAUGUAGACAAAAGUGCUUGGAAAAUUGUUCUUGCACGGCCUUUGCUAAUUCAGAUAUCAGGGGCACAGGCAGUGGUUGUGCUUUAUGGUUUGGUGAACUAACUGACAUCAGAUAUUAUGCAUCUGGGGGACAGGAUCUAUACAUUCGAAUGGAUGCUUCAGAAUUAGAAUCUGGGAAUAAAAAGAAGUUGAUAAUGAUCGUUAUUAUCGCCAGUGGUGCAACUUUUGGAAUGCUUUUAGUUGGGGGCUAUAUCAUCUACAGAGUCCGCAGAAACAGGACUGAGAAAUUAAAAAAUGUAGAAGUCCAAAUUCAAAACGAUGACGCUAACGAUGCAGAUCUCCCAAUAUUUGAUCUGCCAACAAUAGCAAGAGCCACUGAUAAUUUCUCAGAGAAGAACAAAAUUGGGCAAGGUGGAUUUGGACAUGUAUACUGGGGAAAAUUAUCAAAUGGGCGAGAAAUUGCUGUGAAGAGACUAUCAACAAAAUCAAGACAAGGAUUGACUGAGUUUAAAACUGAAGUGAAGUUUAUUGUGAAACUACAGCAUCGAAAUCUUGUAAAACUUAUUGGCUGUUGCAUUCACGAACAAGAAAAAAUGUUGGUGUAUGAAUAUAUGCCAAACAAAAGUUUGAAUUCUUUCAUUUUCGACGAAACUAGAGGAGAGUUGUUAGAUUGGUCAAAACGCUUUGAUAUUGUUAUGGGAAUUGGUCGAGGACUAAUGUAUCUUCAUCAAGAUUCAAGACUACGAAUUAUUCAUAGAGAUUUAAAAGCAAGUAACAUUUUACUUGAUAACAAGUUAGUCCCCAAAAUAUCAGAUUUUGGAUUGGCAAAAACUUUUGAAGAUGAGGAAAUAGAAGGCAAUACAAAAAGAGUAGUGGGGACUUACGGGUAUAUGGCACCAGAAUAUGCUGCUGAUGGGUUGUACUCAAUAAAAUCUGAUGUAUUUAGCUAUGGGAUAUUAGUGCUGGAGAUUAUAUGUGGGAAGAAAAAUAGAGGUUUUUAUUUUGAAGAAUCCAAACAUAACCUUGUUGGUUUUGCAUGGAUGCAGUGGAAGAAAGGAAGGGCUUUAGAAUUGGUUGACAAAAACAUAAAGGACGAAUUAUGUAGUGAAUCAGAAGUAUUAAGGUGCCUUCAUGUGAGUCUAUUAUGUGUGCAGCACAAUGCAGCGGAUAGACCCACCAUAGCAUCUGCAAUUUUGAUGUUGGAAAGUGAGAUUGAACUUCCUGAACCUAAACAACCAGGAUUCUUUAAUGGCAACGAUUCAUUCCAACCACAUAGUUCAGACUCAAAUCAGAAGGAACACAGCUCAACCAAUGAAAUGACAGUUUCCUUACUUGAAAAAGCUGCAGAAAAGGUUCUUUCUUGCUCCUUCGGUUCCCCCCCCCCCCCCCAAAAAAAAAAAAAAAUGGACCUUCUUGCUCGCUUCACUAUAGUUGCCUGUUUCCUUCUUCCUAUCCUCCGGCCAUCCCUUGCUCUUGAUUCCCUUCCCGAGUUGCAGUUCAUCAGGGACAAUGGAACCACCUUGGUUUCAAAAGAUGGAACCUUUGAACUUGGUUUCUUCACUCCUGGUACGUCUAACAGACAUUACCUGGGUAUUUGGUACAAGAACAUCCCGGUUCAAACCGUUGUCUGGGUUGCAAACCGCCUCAACCCAAUCAACGAUUCAUUUGCUACCUUAACCAUGACCACUUCAGGUAAUCUUGUCCUUUCCCAUAACAACACUGUUCUUUGGUCUACAAAUUCCACAACGCAAGCACAGAGUCCAACCGCCCGCCUCUUGGAUUCUGGAAAUCUGGUGGUGAUAGAUGAGGCCGGAGCAGACCCAGAAGCAUAUUUAUGGCAGAGCUUUGAUUAUCCAUCUGAUACGUUAUUGCCAGGUAUGAAAUACGGAUGGGACUUAAAAACAGGCAAGCAAUGGUAUUUAACAGCUUGGAAGAGCCCAGAUGAUCCGUCUCCUGGAGAAUUUACUAGUGCUGUGGUGCUCCACAACUAUCCGGAUUCAUAUAUAAUGAAGGGAACCAAAAAAUUUUACCGAUUUGGACCUUGGAAUGGCGUUCGCGGGAGUGGUGGUCCUGAAAUAAAGCCCAACCCUGUUUUCGAAUACACCUUCGUUGACAAUAAGGAUGGGUACUACUACAUGGACCUUAUCAAUAAUAAUUCUGUCUUGACAAGAUUGGUGUUAAACGAAACAGACUCUGCUCGGUAUCGUUAUGUAUGGCUGGAAAAUAUCAAAACAUGGCAAGUUUAUUCGACGAAGCCAAUAGAUUACUGCGAUACUUAUGGCCUCUGUGGACCAAAUGGGAAUUGUAUCAUUACUGAAUCGCCUGUAUGCCGAUGCUUAAAUGGUUUCACGCCUAAGUCCCCACAACAUUGGAAUUCGGUGGACUGGACUGAUGGAUGUGUGCGAGAUAAACCUCUUAACUGCUCCGACAAAGACAAACAUGGUUUCAUUAAAUUGGCGGGCAUGAAGGUGCCGGACACUACGCUGUCUUGGCUUGAUAGGACAAUGAAUCUAGAGCAAUGCAGACGCAAGUGCUUGGAGAAUUGUUCUUGCACGGCCUAUACCAAUUCAGAUAUCAGAGGGGGAGGUAGUGGUUGUGCCUUAUGGUUUGGUGAUUUACUUGAUGUCAGAUAUUAUGCGUCUGGGGGGCAAGAUCUAUAUGUUCGAAUGGAUGCUUCAGAAUUAGAAUCUGAAAAUAAAAAGAAGGUGAUAAUGAUCGUUACCAUUACCAUUGGUGUAAUUUUUGGCGUACUUUUUGUUGGGGGCUGUAUCUUCUGCAGAGUUCGCAGAAAGAGAAAAGCUAACAUGGAAGAUGUAAAAGAUGAUGUUCGAGGCGAUGAGAAUCCACAGGAUGAUCAAGAUCUCCCCUUGUUCGAUCUUGCAGCAAUAGCAAAUGCCACUAAUAACUUCUCCAAGAAGAACAAACUUGGAGAGGGUGGCUUUGGACCUGUAUAUUGGGGGAAAUUAUUGAAUGGACAAGAAAUUGCAGUAAAGAGGCUUUCAAUAAAAUCAAGACAAGGAUUGGCGGAGUUUAAAAAUGAAGUAAAAUUUAUUGCAAAACUCCAACAUCGGAAUUUGGUGAAACUUCUCGGCUGCUGCAUCCACGAGCAAGAAAAAAUGUUGGUGUAUGAAUACUUGCCCAAUAGAAGUUUGAACUCCUUCAUUUUUGAUGAAGCCAAAAGAGAGUUGUUAGAUUGGUCUAGACGUUUCCACGUUAUUAUGGGAAUUAGUAGAGGUCUUAUGUAUCUUCAUCAAGAUUCAAGAUUGAGAAUCAUUCAUAGAGAUUUAAAAGCAAGUAACGUUUUACUUGAUGACAAGUUCAUUCCAAAAAUAUCAGAUUUUGGGUUAGCUAAAACUUUUGAAGAAGAACAGACAGAAGGCAAUACAAACAGAGUAGUGGGAACUUAUGGAUACAUGGCACCAGAGUAUGCUGCAGAUGGAUUAUAUUCAAUGAAAUCCGACGUCUUCAGUUAUGGCAUAUUAGUGUUAGAAAUUAUAUGUGGAAAGAAAAAUAGAGGGUUUUAUCUAGAAGACUCCAAGCACAACCUUAUUGGUCAUGCGUGGAUACUGUGGAAUGAAGGAAGGGUUCUAGAAUUAAUUGAUAAGAACAUAGAGGAGACCUGCAAUGUAUCAGAAGUAUUAAGGUGCAUUCAUGUGAGCCUUUUGUGCGUGCAACAAAAUCCAGAAGAUAGACCCACCAUAGCAUCUGCAAUUGUGAUGUUGGAAAGUGAAAUCGAACUUCCUAAGCCUAAACAGCCAGGUUUCUUUCAUGGAAUGGAUUCAGUUCAACCUCACACUUCCAACUCAAGUCAGAAGGAACGAAGCUCAACCAAUGAAAUGACAGUGACCUUACUUCAAGCCAGACUCCUCGGCUUCAUUCCACUUUUCAUGGGCCUUCUUCCUUCCUUGAGUAUCUUCAUCCUUUUCAUUCUUCCCUAUUUCAAGCCUUCCACAGCAGAGGAUUCCCUUCGUGGGUCCGAGUCCCUCAGGGACAAUGGAACCACCUUGGUUUCGAAAGAUGGAACCUUUGAACUUGGUUUCUUCACUCCUGGUACUUCCAACAAACGUUACCUUGGCAUUUGGUACAAGAACAUCCCGGUUCAAACCGUUGUCUGGGUUGCAAACCGCCUCAACCCAAUCAAUGAUUCAUCUGUUGCCUUGACUAUGACCACUUCCGGCAACCUUGUUCUGUCCCAAAACAACACUGUUCUUUGGUCAACAAACUCCACUGCAAAAGCACAGAGUCCAACCGCACGGCUCUUGGAUUCUGGAAAUCUUGUGGUGAUGGAUAAGAGCGGAGAAGACCCAGAUGCUUAUUCAUGGCAAAGCUUUGACUAUCCUUCUGAUACGUUAUUGCCAGGCAUGAAAUAUGGAUGGGACUUGAAAACUGGUAGGCAAUGGUAUUUAACGGCUUGGAAGAGGCCAGAUGAUCCAUCUCCCGGUGAUUUAACUAGCGUUGAAGUGCUCCAUGGCUAUCCCGAUUCGUAUUUGAUGAAGGGGAACAAAAGAUUCUAUCGAUUUGGACCAUGGAAUGGCUUUCAUGGGAGUGGUGGUCCUGAAAUAAAGCCCAACCCUGUUUUCGACUUCAUCUUUGUCGACAAUAAGGAUGGCAUCUAUUACAUGGACCUUUUGAAUAACAAUUCUAUAUUGACAAGAUUGGUGUUGAACCAAACACAAUCUGCUCGGUAUCGUUAUGUAUGGCUGGAAACUGCAAAAACAUGGCAGGUUUAUUCCACCAAGCCUGUAGAUUACUGUGAUACCUAUGGCCUCUGUGGACCAAAUGGGAAUUGUAUUAUUACUGAAUCGCCGGUGUGCGAAUGCUUGGGAGGCUUCACCCCUAAGUCGCCACAAAACUGGAAUUCGGUGGACUGGGCAGAUGGGUGUGUUCGAAAGAAACCUCUGAAUUGCUCUGAAAGAGACAAAGAUGGGUUCAUUAAAUUCAAAGGCUUGAAGGUGCCAGACACUACGUUUUCUUGGCUUGACAGGACAAUGAAUCUAGAGCAAUGCAAAAGGAAGUGCUUGGAGAAUUGUUCUUGCACGGCCUAUACUAAUUCAGAUAUCAGAGGGGGAGGUAGUGGUUGUGCCUUAUGGUUUGGUGAUCUAAUUGAUGUCAGAUAUUAUGCGUCUGGGGGGCAAGAUUUAUAUGUUCGAAUGGAUGCUUCAGAAUUAAAAUCUGGGAAUAAAAAGAAGUUGAUAAUGAUCGUUACUAUCACCUUUGGUGCAACUUUUGGUCUGCUUUUAGUUGGGGGCUAUAUCAUCUACAGAGUCCGCAGAAACAGAACUGCUAAAUCAAAAGAUGUGAGAGAUGAUAUUCCAUACGGUGAGAGUCCAGAGGAUGAUCUAGAUCUCCCCUUGUUUGAUCUGGCAACAGUAACAAGCGCCACUGAUAAUUUCUCCGCCAAGAAUAAGAUCGGAGAAGGUGGAUUUGGACCUGUUUAUUGGGGAAAAUUAUUGAAUGGACAAGAAAUUGCUGUGAAGAGGCUUUCAAUAAAAUCAAGGCAAGGGUUGGUGGAGUUUAAAAAUGAAGUAAAAUUUAUUGCAAAACUCCAACAUCGAAAUCUGGUGAAACUUCUCGGCUGUUGCAUCCAUGAGCAAGAAAAAAUGUUGGUGUAUGAAUACAUGCCAAAUAAAAGUUUGAACUUCUUCAUUUUUGAUGAAAGCAAAGGAGAGUUAUUAGAUUGGUCUAAGCGGUUCAAUAUUAUUUUGGGAAUUGGUAGAGGUCUCAUGUAUCUUCAUCAAGAUUCAAGACUAAGAAUUAUUCAUAGAGAUCUAAAAACAAGUAACAUUUUACUUGAUGACAAGUUGAUCCCGAAAAUAUCAGAUUUUGGGUUGGCUAAAACUUUUGGAGAAGAACAAACAGAAGGAAAUACAAAUAGAGUAGUUGGAACAUAUGGAUACAUGGCACCCGAAUACGCUGCAGAUGGGCUAUAUUCAAUGAAAUCUGAUGUUUUUAGUUAUGGCGUAUUGGUAUUGGAGAUUAUAUGUGGAAAGAAAAAUAGGGGCUUUUAUCUAGAGGACUCCAAACACAACCUUACUGCUUAUGCAUGGAUACAGUGGAAAGAAGGAAGGUCGUUAGAAUUGAUUGAUAAGAACAUAGAGGAAACUUGCAAUGUGUCAGAAAUAUUAAGAUGCAUUCAUGUGAGCUUAUUGUGUGUGCAGCAACAUCCAGAAGAUAGGCCUACAAUAGCAUCUGCAGUUCUGAUGUUGGAAAGUGAAGCUGAACUUCCUGAGCCUAAACAGCCAGGUUUCUUUCAUGGGAAGGAUUCAAUUCAACCACACACUUCCAGUUCAAGUCAAAAGCAACGUAGCUCAACCAAUGAAGUCACAAUAAGCUUACUUGAAGCCAGAUGAGUUUGAUAAUGUUAAGCAGCAAAUUUAUGGGAGCUAUGUUUUAGAAGGUAGAAUUAAUGACCCUGGAGACGAAUGUAGAUAUUGGGUUUUGGGCUCACCGGAAAUUAGAAAACAGAGACGGCAGCAUAAGAAAUAGAUAAUACAAGUUUAGAGGUGUGCAGAGCUCGUUGCAAAUUAAACAAGGCGUUGCUUUUACAAUAUAAAUUCAGCUACUUUGUUAGAUA